AUGAAAAAUGAUGAUGAAUUUAAUCGAAUUUGGAAUGAAACUAUGAAUAUUUGUGCAGAGAAUGAUAUUGAUGAACCCGAUGAACAACGAAAGAGGAAAGUUCCUGCACGCUUAGGUGGUGGUGAUAUUAUAUCAACAACAUUAGCUGCUAAAGAUAACUAUCGUAUUAAUUCCUUUUAUGCUGUAUUAGAUGUAAUUAUUACAUCAAUUAAUGAAAGAUUUAACGAAAAUAGUUUAAGUAUUGUGUUAUUAUGUGAAAAACUAUUUUUAACAAAUGGAUUUUUAAAUGAUCUUGAAUUACAACAAAUUGCUCAAUUCUAUAAUAUGAACUAUGAUGAAUUAAGAAGUGAACAACGUUUCUACAAGGUAGCACUUGGUCAAAAGAAACAAAUAAACUUAUCAUUAGCAACAAAGUUUUUCGUAGAAAACAAUUUUCAUCAAUCACUUAAUUCAAUGAAUAAUUUGUUAAAAAUAUUGUGGACAAUUCCAGCUAAUACGUGCGAAUGUGAAAGAAGUUUUUCUUCCUGA